AUGACGUCUCGCGCGGAGGCCACAGCAAAGGAGAGCUUUCCCAAACCACGACUUGUCACCGUUUCACCACCAGUCUUCAUGAAUGGACCACACUCUCUGCAUACAGUGCCCCAGGAGGUACUUGAACAUAUAGCAUUCUUUGCUGGCACAGAUUCCUUGCUGGGGCCUCCAUCGUCUCUUGUACCGCUUUUGUUAUGCAAUCGCAAGAUACAUGCAAGCUUAUCGAUUGAGGCCAAUCACCAUCUUUAUGCACAAAUAUUCUGCAGCAAGUUCGAUACUGCGGCACCGCUGGCACGCCUGGGUUCGGUCCGGUUAACUUCGUGGGCGCUUGCACAUGAGCUGCGCAGACGAUGCGUCACACUUCAGCGACUUCGAGCAAGACUCGAUUCAACAACCCAAGCCAGGCGCGCGGAAGACGAAGAUGCAGAAAGUACCCUCAAAAUGUCAGUAUAUGAUGUCCUUUUCACGGCCUACAUCAUGAUGUUGGAAAAUGAGGAGAUGAACAAGCGACAGCUUGUGGAAUAUGGGAGAAUGAAGGAAUGGAUACGAGAAUUUUGGUUCGACUCUCACGGGGCUUCUCUGGCAAUAUACUACAUCAGGAUAGGUCAGUGGCCCGUCAAUAGGCCAGAGACAGCACUGGGAAUGUGGAUGUUCUGGUUUCUGCUGAAUACUGGUGCGUUAUGGCGUUAUGAUGUGCUUGUCGAAUCUCCGUUGAAUGUUCUAAAGGCAAUGGCUCUUGGUGCACACCUUUACGACUUAACAACGACUCCAUGGGUCGAGUUUGAACCAAAAGCCCGGAGGCCUUUCGAGGACACAAUUUUGUACGCUAAGCCAAUGGACAUGAUACCACCUCCACUUGCUGCACCUGCCAUCCUCUCAUUCCUUGCUCUCGUCAACAAAAGACGAUCGAUACCACUCCCCCCGUCUGAUUCAGCCACCCAGUCUUUCCAUGAGUGGGACUCAGAAUGGGGACGAUGUUUCAGUAAAUCCAAAAGAGACAUUACAGACUGUUUCGAGCCUGGGAGUAUCGAAGGGGUCUGGGAAGGUUUCUUUACGUAUACUGAAUUUACAGCUUAUGCUGCUAUGCUUGCGGGUGCUUCUCCGACAGUCAUUCAAAAAGGCGUUGUAGGGAGACAUCAGCAGACGUGGAAACUUCGAGAACACCACUUACUUGCUUUCGAACAUUCUGACUCUGAUUCCGGAAUCGACAUGGAUGUUGACUCUGUGACACCACUGCGUGCAGGAGACCCAUUGCGUUCAUAUUUCCCGAUAGGGACCCAGAUACGUGAGCAUAGGGAAGGUCUCACCGUCCAAGGUUCUGGAAGUUCGCAGGUCAGACGAUAUGUGCGAGCAUCUGCAUCAGACUCGCGGUCAAAUCUAGAUGAACCUGGCCCGCGCGUGCAGGAUAUAAUCAUCACUGGCGAGGGUCAUUCGGCAUGGGGUCAAUUCAACCUUGUAGGUCGAAUACGACCGUGCGAUGGUUUUAUUAGCCUCUCGAAAGAUUAUGUUGACGGUGAUAGAGGGAAGUGGUUGUAUCGAGGCUACCUUAUCGGCAACACGAACGGGAAUCUCGCUGGUCGAUGGAGAGACACACUCAGCCCUGCCGACGUUCCUGGUUAUGAAGGCUGUUUUGUGAUGAGUCGCAGGCGAUAA